GCUAACUUCCCAGGAUUCUGUAACUCCGGAAAAACCGCUCCUUUCCCGUAUUUGGUUUCAAGUUUAAACUCUAUUUCAUCGGGCUCGCUAUCUCAAAGCCUUCCACUGCCGAGCUCUCUUUGCUCUUCCCCGAUUACAGUCUCUCUCUCCAAUCUCCAUCCACUACGGAAUCGUUCGGAGAAAGACCAUGGCGGAAAUACUCUCGUCUCUGAGGUCUUUAAUGGCUGCUCACUCUCCUCCUCUGGACGCCUUGGUCGUUCCAUCUGAAGAUUAUCAUCAGAGCGAGUAUGUGUCUGCAAGGGAUAAGAGGCGCGAAUUCGUUUCAGGUUUUACUGGAAGCGCUGGUUUGGCGCUUAUCACAAAGGAUGAGGCAAGGUUAUGGACAGAUGGGCGGUACUUUCUGCAGGCUGAGCAACAACUGAGUGAUGAAUGGACACUUAUGCGUAUGGCCGAGGAUCCUGCUGUGGAUGUCUGGAUGGCUGAGAAUCUACCAGAGGAAGCUGCUGUUGGUGUCAAUCCAUGGUGUAUAUCAGCAGACACUGCCCGCAGAUGGAAGUCUGCGUUUUCAAAGAAACAUCAGAAGCUAGUCCCAACUGCUACGGACUUGGUAGACGAGAUCUGGAAAAAUCGGCCAGCAGAUGAAGCAAAUACAGUUGUUGUCCAGCCGCUGGAGUUUACUGGUCGUUCAGUUGCAGAAAAGCUGUAUGAUUUGAGAGGGAAGUUGAAAGCUUCAAAUGCUCGUGGUAUUAUUAUUACCACCCUUGAUCAGGUUGCCUGGUUGUAUAAUAUCCGAGGAAGUGAUGUCCCCUACUGUCCAGUUGUUCAUGCAUUUGCUCUCGUAACUCUCCAGUCUGCUUUCCUUUAUGUCGACAGAAGGAAGGUGUCUUCUGAGGUAAACUCGUAUAUGGAAGAGAAUGCAAUAGAAGUCCGGGACUACACUGCAGUGAGCUCAGACGUUGCACUGCUUGCAUCUGGUCAGCUCGACUCAGUGAGUACUAUCAAUCAAAAGCCUAAGGCCGAGACAGUUGGAAAUGGUACAACUGAAGCGGAAGGGCAUGGGGUUGACCUUGUGUGGGUUGAUGCUUCCUCUUGCUCCUAUGCUUUGUAUUCAAAACUGAAUCUGGAGAAAGUGGUCCAACAACAGUCACCGUUGUCCCUUGCAAAAGCAUUGAAGAACCCAGUUGAGUUGGAUGGCUUGAGAAAGGCACACAUACGGGAUGGUGCUGCUGUCGUCCAAUAUCUUGUCUGGUUGGAUAAGCAGAUGCAAGAUAUGUAUGGGGCUUCUGGUUACUUCUUGGAAGGGGAGGCAGACAAGAAGAAAAAAGAUUUGAGAACUACAAAACUGACAGAGGUGACUGUUAGCGACAAGCUGGAGAGCUUUAGGGCAUCAAAAGAGCAUUUUAGAGGCUUGAGUUUCCCUACAAUCUCUUCAGUUGGUCCAAAUGCAGCAAUCAUCCAUUACGGGCCUCAGCCUGAAACAUGUGCUGAAGUCGACCCAGACAAGAUCUACCUGUUUGAUUCUGGAGCACAGUAUUUGGAUGGGACAACUGACAUAACCCGUACAGUACAUUUUGGCGUCCCAUCUACACACGAGAAAGCGUGCUACACUGCGGUUCUCAAGGGUCAUAUUGGUCUGGGUAAUGCGAGAUUUCCUAAUGGAACCAAUGGUCACGCCCUCGACAUUCUUGCUCGAAUUCCCUUGUGGAAGAGUGGUCUUGAUUAUCGCCACGGUACUGGCCAUGGAAUCGGAUCGUUUCUAUUUGUUCAUGAAGGUCCUCAUCAAAUCAGUUUUAGGCCAUCAGCUCGCAACGUUCCAAUCCAAGCUUCCAUGACAGUAACCGAUGAACCUGGAUACUAUGAGGAUGGCAACUUUGGGAUAAGACUGGAGAAUGUGCUUGUUGUCAACGAAGCUGAUACCAAAUUCAAUUUCGGUGACAAGGGCUACUUGGAAUUUGAGCACAUAACAUGGGCGCCGUAUCAGAGAAAGCUGAUCGAUGUCAGUCUGCUAGUCCCUGAAGAGAUCGAAUGGCUGAACACGUACCACUCGAAAUGCAACGAGAUUCUUGCACCGUAUUUGAAUGAAAACGAGAGAUCGUGGCUAAGCAAGGCUACCGAGCCUGUGUCGGUAGCUUGAGAGUUGUGGAUUGGAACGUGACUCCAUCACCAUCCCAAACCCAUUUCAUGGUGAAGACAUGGAGAAUAAGAUUAUAUGAAAACUAUGAAACAUAUGCUUUGCCUUUCGUCGUUACUAGUUUCUGUGAAUACAAAGGAACCAUAAAUUCCUUGUUGACGUAAGUGGUACAUGAAAGCAGACCAGCAACCUCGCCGUCAGGCUGGCGGUAUUUCGUGUUGCUCUCCUUAUUCCUCUGUUGACUAUCGCUAUUCCUCUCGUUAUUCCUUCUGCUCCUUACCGUCGACCUUACCAUGUUCCACAACGUCAUUUCGAAUAGAAUUAGUUGUUAAUU